CUUCCAGGCAUCCUUAUACCAUAUGAGAUUCGAAAGUCUUUGCUACAAUACCUAUCCGCAUAUGAUGUUGCAAAACUCGAUGAGUGCCUAGGACACGUCUUAGACUCUCGGGAACGGGCUAUCUAUCUAGAUCCAAUGCGUGAUCUAUUUUGGGACGUGGCCGAGAUACAAACCCUGUUGCGGGCUGGAAUGGAGUUUGUCUUACUAGGCAACGACACUUCAGCUCUUGAGCAGAGGCUUCACGAUACAAAAAGCUACUCGAAGAGAUACAGCAAGCGAAAGCUCCACAUUUCUGUAAUCGGCUUCUUCUCCUUUCGAGGCCAGGACUCCCACACAUUGGAAAGACUAAUGGGGUUUAGUAUCGAUGAGGCUCCGAACAACGUCCGCAUGCUUAUAGACAUUUACCAUCUAAAGAGAAUGCGGGUAUCAUAUGGUUUAAAUUCCAUGAGAAAGUUUAUGAUUAGUUUUGGGGCCCCAAUUAUGUCCUCCAGGAAGGGAAACACUGGGUUUUGGUAUAAGGUUCCGAACACUCCGGAUGCAACUGUUGAACUGAGAGUGUACGUGCCCAGCUAUGAUGAUAGAGUAAAGGAACAAGCAAUGAUUUCCCGUCGAGAGAUGCUGCGGCUACACGGAUGUGUAUCU